AUGACCGCCGGAGCCCCGCCUUCGGUGUACAAGCCGGGCACCGUGUUGACCGUGGGCUCGCACAAGGUCGUCAUUGAGAAGUAUCUGUCCCAGGGAGGCUUUGCGCACGUGUAUACGUGCCGCAUCAGCCCGGCCUGGCAAGAUCAGAAAAUAGCAUGUCUGAAAAGAGUGGCGGUGCCCGACAAGCCGACGCUGAACGUGCUUCGCCAGGAGGUCGACGCCAUGAGACGGCUCCAGGGGAAAAGCUGCAUUGUUUCGUACAUCGACUCGCACGCUUCGCGGAUGGCCAACGGGGUAGGAUACGAGGUGUUUCUGCUGAUGGAGUACUGUUCUGGCAACGGCCUGAUCGAUUUCAUGAACACGCGGCUGGUCAACAAGCUGAAGGAGCCGGAGAUCCUGCAGAUUAUGGGCGAGAUCACCGAGGGCGUGGCCCACAUGCACGCUCUGAAUCCUCCGCUAAUCCACAAAGACAUCAAGAUCGAAAACGUGCUGCUUUCCAGCGACAGACACUACAAGCUGUGCGACUUCGGGUCUGCGUCGCCGCCGUUGAGGCCGCCGCGCAACGUCGAGGAGUUCGAGAUUCUCCAGAACGACAUAAUGAAGCACACCACGCCCCAGUACCGCUGUCCGGAAAUGAUAGACCUGUACAAAGGACAGCCGAUCGACGAGAAGUCGGAUAUCUGGGCGCUGGGCGUGUUUCUGUACAAGCUGUGCUACUACACGACGCCGUUCGAGCAGAACGCCAUCAACGGCAACGGCAACGGCGGAGGCGGCGAGUACGCCAUUCUGCACGGCCUCUACUCGUUUCCUCCGUCUCCACCGUACAGCACGAGACUGAAGCACGUGAUUGCGAGGUGUCUGAUGGUGGACCCGAAGAAGAGGCCGACCGUUUUCCAGCUUCUGGACGAGGUGUGCCAGAUGCGCGGCGUUCCGUACCCGAACAUCGCCAAGGCCACGGACCAGCCGCCGCCUAUGCCCCGCCGGCCUGCCACGACAGAGGAGUUUGUUGCUCCCUCGCUCAAAAGCGACGUGGCCAAGUACUCUUCCAAGGAGCACGCGUUGCAAAAGUCGUACUCCGAAAAAGUCAUGGCGCACCAUUUGACCGCGCAGGACCCGUUUGCCCAGCUCGACAAGACCAAGUUUGUGGCGCCGUCCAACAACAAGUCCACGUCGGAUCUCACUCACUCGUUUGCGCGUCCUGAUUUCACCAGACGGUCCUCUUCCAAGUCGCGUCCGCUCAGCAUGUCUGCCGCCACUAUCCACAAGCAGGCGUCUGGCCCCGUGUUGCACGCCGAGCUCAUCGACGGCAUGACCAGAGAGGAGGUGGUUGAGCUGUCUCCGAACCACCACAAUAAUAUCAACAGCUCUGUCGACUUCAUCAAGAGCGCCACUCCACAAAGAACAGGCGACAGCUUCAGGUCGCGGUUUGCGACCCUGAAGGCGUCCAACACUGGCCACCACAAACGGUCGAGCAUUUCGUCCAUCAAAGACCUUCUUACCGGGGGAAGAUCGCGCGAAUCGAGCAGAAACCCGUCCUACUCUUCCGUCAAGAGCAGAAACGCGUCAGGCUCGAACCGCAGCACGGACUCGCUGCACGAGUUCACGACGAUCUACCGCGCGGACUCGAACUCGAGCUCGUUGGCGUCGGAAACGUUCGUCGAGGACGACCAGACCACGCCGCGCGCAGAAAAGCCGAGCGUGCCCGAGCACCGGCCGCCCAAACGGUCGAACUCGAUCCAGCGGAGAGUGCAGAUGCUGCUGAACCGCAAGCCGUCGCCGCCCCCGGCGAAAACGGCACACGGGUACGGGAAAUACACCGACGACAAGAGCAUGCCGCCGCCGGCGAAGCCCAAGAUCAACAAGAUCCCGAUCAAGGUGAUCACGCCGUCGAGAACGACAAACACGUCGCCGCCGCCGUUCGCGACGCCAAGCUCGACAGCCACGUCGCCGUACUCGGCGCUGUCUGCGUCGUCGUCCUACAGAGACGCCGGCGAGAGGCUAAACUACCAGGACGCGGUGCUGAGUCGCGUCAACAGCGUCGACUCGUCGACGCCGUCGACGCCGGUGCGGAACAGAAGGAAGACGGGCUCCAAGAAACCGCCACCACGGCCAAAGAAGCCAGAGCAUCUGAGCUCCAACAAGUCGACGCCCCAGAAGCCGCCGGCGCGCAACAGCUUCAGCGACGACGACGUCGAGGCGCUCGAAAGACGCUUCUACGAAAAGUUCCCCAGUGCAUUAUAG